AUGUUGCAUGCUUCAUCAGGAAAAGGAAACCUAUACUACAAUGCAGCUAACUUAAAAUCUAUCUAUCUAUCUAUCUAUCUAUCUAUCUAUCUAUCUAUCUAUCUAUCUAUCUAUCUAUGGCUUCUGUUCACAUCUAUCUAUCUAUUAGUUUUAAUCUGUCUAUUCUUUUCCUUUUAUUUGGAUCUAUCUAUCUAUCUAUCUAUCUAUCUAUCUAUCUAUCUAUCUAUCUAUCUAAUUCUGUUCAUAUAUUUCUUUCUUUCUGUCUAUGUCUACGAUAAAAUAUUUCAAUCCUUUCUUAUCUUCCUUUUCGAUUUCUCUGUGUUCAUAUCUAUCUAUCUAUCUAUCUAUCUAUCUAUCUAUCUAUCUAUCUAUCUAAUUCUGUUCAUAUAUUUCUUUCUUUCUUUCAGUCGGCAUGUGCCGAAGAAUGUAUGCCUACUGUGUCACUUCUAUCUAUCUAUCUAUCUAUCUAUCUAUAAAAUUCUAAGUCAUACAUUCAUAUAUUUGAAAGAUUAUUCUAUCUAUCUAUCUAUCUAUCUAUCUAUCUAUCUAUCAAUCUAUCUAUCUAUUUUAUCUAUCUAUCUAUCUAUCUAUCUAUCUAUCUAUCUAUCUAUCUAUCUCCGUCUCUGCAUCUCUCUUUCUCUCUAUAUCUAUCUGUGUCUGCAUAACUUUUCAUGUCUAUCUCUGUUUAUCUAUUUAACAAUUUAUCCAUCCCACCCGGCAUCUAUCUAUCUAUCUAUCUAUCUAUCUAUCUAUCUAUCUAUCUAUCUAUCUAUGCCUUUUUUUCUAUCUAUAUGGCGUUAUACAAAAAUUUUAAAUUGGCACUAUCUAUCUAUCUAUCUAUCUAUCUAUCUAUCAGCUCGUCUAUGUGAAUCUCUCUCUUUCUCUCUCUCCCCCUCUCUCUCUAUAUGUAUAUGUAUAUAUAUUUAUGUAUGUAUAUCUAUCUAUCUAUCUAUCUAUCUAUCUGAUUGCCUGACUUCUCUCGCUCUAUACAAGUUUUACUUUCUAUCUAUCUAUCUAUCUAUCUAUCUAUCUAUCUAUCUAUCUAUGUCUUUGCUUUGUUGUUUUCUAUCUAUUUGCUUGUCUAUUUUAACUUUUGUCUUUAUUCAUCUAUCUAUCUAUCUAUCUAUAUCUAUCUAUCUAUCUAUCUGUAUUGCUCUCCAUCGUCCGUCUCCAUCAUUCCAUGUAUCUUGCUUCGGGCAACUACCUUCCCUGGACGACAUUUUCUCCAUCUAUCGCAUUUCAGCUGAGAAAGAAGAGGACACAUACUUUUUCUAUUUGAAUGUUCAUCGGAAAAAAUGGGAUUGGCAUGAAAACUACCUUGACCUUACUCUGUCAUAUAUUCGCACAAAUCUAUUCGGUAAUUUUCUCUCCGUUUUCUUCUGCCUCUCCUUACUUCACGUAAUAAUAUACAAUAAAUAUUCUUCUUCUUCUUCUUCUUCUUCUUCUUCUUCUUCUUCUUCUAUGUGCUCUGUCCUUUUAGGUCUCUCCACAUCUUUUUUAUUUAUCUACCUAUCAUUUGAAGAAAUUUUUCGCCCACACCCCGUGAUUAUUAAACCAUCGAGUUUUUGUUAUUUUUAUUCACUCCUGAUUUUGUCUUUCUUUCUUUCUUUCUUCUCUAAUUUUAAUUUCAUUUUUGCUUUCUUUUUAAUUAGAUUUACUUUUCUUUAUUUUUCGUUUCCUUUAUUUUUAUAUCCUUCUUUCUUUCUUUCUUUCUUUCUUUCUUUCUUCUGUAGUUUAAUUUCCUUUUUUGCUUUCUCUUUAAUUAGAAUUUCUUUCUUUUUUCUGUUUCCGUUUUCUUUUUCUUUAUUUUUAUUCUUUCUUUCUUUCUUUCUUUUUACUGCUAUUUAA